UCAUCUUUUGGUCUCUGCCUCAUGCCUCUCCUACUUCAUCUAAAAGUCGCCCGUACGAUACAGUGAUCAAGAACACAAAAAUGGAAGGCAUCGAUACCUGCAUCCCAAACUGCCCUUAUUGCCAGUAUAGUCCAACACUUUACUACUUCUCUUUCUCUUCUUCUCCUUCUCAAUGCCCUAAUUGCCAAAAUAAUUGGUUUACAUCCAACUACGGCAUCCCCAGCUCUUCUACGUACGCUUAUGAAUCGCCACCUCCACCUCCACCUCCACCUCCACCGCCUCCUCCACCUCCUCCUCCACCUCCACCUCCACAACAACAACAAUCAUUGAAACCUCCCCCACCACCACAAACACGACCACAGCAAGGACGGCGACGACCGUCCAGAACAAGAAGCCAGAUAGAUGCAGGUCUUGCAGUGCAAUAUCGAAAAAGACAGGCUCAGGCGAUGCCCCGUCUAACUGAAGUUGACAUUCCUAUCGGAGAUAAUCCAGAUUGGAGAGAGCCAUCUCUUUAUCUCAUGGGAUUGCAGUUUAGCAUAGUGAUCGUCUGGACUGCUAUGAUCAUUCCCUCAACGCUUGCGGCGUUGAUGGGUGGUGGCAAUGUUGAGAAAGCUGAAGCAAUCCAAAGUUCGCUCUUUACAGCAGCGAUAAACACGUUCUCGCAGAUUUUGUUGGGUUCUCAACUUCCGGUGGUGAUGCAAAUAUCCGAAGCUUUCAUCAUCCCAGCCAUCUCCAUUGCUAUAUCAACUAAUAAUAAAUUUAGUGCGACACUCACUCCUCGUCAGAUGUUUAAAAGAUCAAUGAGACGUAUACAAGGAGCAAGUAUUAUUGGGUCCUUCCUUCAAAUCAUCGUUGGUUUCUCUGGUCUAGGGGAGAUUUUCGCAAGCAAGCUUACCAUUCUCUCUUCUAUUCCUCUUGUGACUCUUAUUGGACUUGGGCUUUAUGACCGUGGAUUCCCGCAGUUGGCAAAAUGUAUUGAAAUUGGACUCCCAGCAGUAGCUAUUGUGAUUUUCUCAACCCAGUUCCUUCCCUAUAUUUGGAAACCAAAAAGACCUAUGCUUGUUCGAUCAGUUGUGAUCACGAUCUCGAUUGCAAUUGCAUGGACCUUUGCAGAAAUUUUGACCGUGGCUGGUGCAUAUAAUAAUGCAUCUCAAGAGAAACAAAAUAAUUGUCGCACUGAUCGUUCAGGGCUCAUUCCUGCUGCACCUUGGUGAGAUCAAAUUUACCAACUACAACUUGAUUUUCAUUCUUGCUUUAUCUUCUCACUUUACAUGUUGAAUUACAUAUAUAAUUGUUCCCUUCAUAUAAUAUUUUUUUACUUUGUAUAAAUAUAUAGUCGGUGUUAAAAGUGAAACAAAAGAGUUUAAACCUAGCUACUUUGUUUCCCUAAAAUUUGAAGCUGCAACAAUGAAUUUGGCUUACCAAACUUUGACUAUCAACAAGAUUUCAGUUAGUUAAAGCAGCAUGUACUAGCAUAGGCAAUGUUAUCAUAAUUACAACAAUUAGCAUGAUUAUAGGAGAUU